UCCAUCUUGCUUUUAGUAACCCCCAUUUCUUCUACCUUUCUGUCUAGGUCUGCAGCAUUCCACUCUGCCCUCAGAGACCUGAUCACUACUCCAUCCUCCAGCCUUCCAUUUUGUUCCUAGUGACCCCGAUCUCUCCUUUCCAUCCCCAGAUCCCCCCAGAAUUCCAUCCUACCUGGAGAGGCCCUGUUUCCUCUGCCCCUUCCUCAGUAUCCCAUCCUGCCUCAACCCCUCGCCCACCAUCUCCACCUGUCUCUGCCGGCCCUGCACCUGCAUACCCACUCCACUUCUCCCCAGCCCUUCCCGGCCGGCUCCUGCUCCCCGAGCACCUGCCCGGGGCGAGCAGGGCCGGGAUCGUCAGCCCGGAGGUCGGGAGCUGGGGCAGGGGGCACCCUCCCGGUCCCCAGCUCACCCUCGGGGGCUCCACCUGCCCGCGCGUGCGUCUCUGGCCACCUGUGCGGCAGCGGUAUUUAUGAGUCUGCAGGCGCCGAGGCAUCCCGCCGCCCACAGCAGUCCCAGCCCCGGAAGAGCCUGCUCUCUCGAGGUGACGGGCUCCCCAGACAGCCGGGGCCCCGGGUCCCACAGGUCCGGCCGGUCUUGAGCGCCACCCGCCCACCCCUCCAGGGCGGGGCCCCGGAAAGGGGACCCGGGACGUUUUGGUACGUCGCCGCCGCCGUCUCCAAGCCACCAGGUGAGCGCCCGGACAGGAGUUAACGGAUGUGAGGCCUCCCGCCCGGAUUCCUGACCAAAAUAACAGCAGUUGUCCGGCGCCAGGCGUCUUCCAGGCGGGUUAGGGACACUCCAAGGGGCCGCCUGUGCCGACGACGAGGGACAGACCCUGGAACCCGGCAGCCCCCGCCCCCUCGGCCUCGUCUGCGGCGUCAGUCGCAGCCGGGCCUGGCGGGGGGACCAUGGGCGCCUCGACCUCCAGGGGCCGGCCCGCCCGGGUCCCCGCGCCGGAGCCCGAAGCCGAGGCGACGCUGGACCUGAGCCAACUGCCGCCCGAGCUGCUCCUGGUGGUGCUGAGCCACGUGCCCCCGCGCACGCUGCUCGGGCGCUGUCGCCGGGUGUGCCGGGGCUGGCGCGCCCUGGUGGACGGCCAGGCCCUGUGGCUGCUCAUCCUGGCCCGCGACCACGGCGCCCUGCUGCCGCUCGCCCGCAGCUGCCUGCCCCCCGCCCGCGACGCCAGGCCCUGCCUCCUGGGCCGCUUCUGCGAGCGCGCGCCAAUUGGCCGCAACCUCAUCCGCAACCCCUGCGGCCAGGAAGGCCUCCGGAAAUGGAUGGUGCAACACGGUGGGGAUGGCUGGGUGGUGGAAGAAAACAAGUCCACCGUGCCUGGGGCUCCUUCACAGACCUGCUUCGUGUCUUCCUUCAGCUGGUGUCGCAAGAAGCAGGUCUUGGACCUGGAGGAGGAGGGUUUGUGGCCAGAACUGCUGGAUAGUGGCAAGAUUGAGAUUUGUGUCUCUGACUGGUGGGGAGCCCGACAUGACAGCGGCUGUAUGUAUCGACUCCUUGUCCAACUUCUAGAUGCCAACCAGACCGUCCUGGAUAAAUUCUCUGCUAUGCCUGAUCCCAUCCAGCAGUGGAACAACAAUGCUUGCCUUCAGGUCACCCACGUGUUCUCCAACAUCAAGAUGGGCGUCCGCUUCGUGUCCUUUGAACACUGGGGCCAGGACACGCAGUUCUGGGCCGGCCACUAUGGAGCCCGUGUGACCAACUCCAGCGUGAUCGUGCGGGUCCGGCUGUCCUAGUCGAGGGCUGUCCUUGCACCACAAGCUGACUGUGCCUUCCAGGAGCUGGGACCAUUGGCCGGGACUUCUCAUUAACCAAGGCCUUGUACCUCCCUGGCAUCCUGGGAAUCCUGGGUCCAGUGGAGGGUCCUGCUAGACCCCCUCUUUGGGUUCCAGAAACUUCUAGAAAGUUCCUCCAUCAGAUCUACCUACUGCUGGCUGCUCUAGGGGAGCCCCUGUUCUACUGAGUGGAGACCACAGGUGAGCACAGGGGAAUGCUGGUCCCGCAGAGGACCCCUGGCCGUCGCCCUGGAGGCGACUCUGGUUCAGCCCCAGUCCCCUCUGCCCUCGUCUCCUAGUUCUGCUUCAGGGGCUUUCUUGGUCCCUUCAAGGAAGCCCUCUCUCCAUCUCUGAACUAGCAUCUCAUCCUUAUGGCUGGGAAAAUUCCAGGCCCCUUGGGUGGUGAACUUAACCUCCUGAGACUUCGAGGAUGGGACCACUUCUCGCAGCUGAAAGCCAGCUAGCUUAAAAAGUGUUUGGAGAUAGAUGAUUCUGCCUGCUCUGACUUCUCUGAAAAAUGAGGUGAUCCCCUGAGCCCAACCUUGAUCCUCAAGGACCUCUGUAAUUGUGUGGUGUAUGAGAUGAUCUUAUUUUGAUUUUUUUUCAAAUAUUGAGAGAAUAAUUAUUAGCAACAUCUGUCUGCCAAUCAUAUGCAAUAAAUUUAUUAUUUUGCAAAAAGUGCCUUAGAUCUUUUUAAUAGA